UGUAUACCUACAUACUUGAGGCUGUGGGCUUCUCUACCUAGGUAUCUAAGUAAGGCGUGCAGCUCCGCCAUCAACGUCGUCAGGGUCUACCCAAUCCGCUCCAGGUUGUACCUGACCUGGCUGCAUAGCCCGAAGCUGUUAUGUCAGCCCCCAAAGCCACCUGCGUGUAACCUAUCUACCUCUACCUACCUACAUCGUGGCAUCUCCAUCCAUAAAGUCGGAUACACACGCGCAAGUAAUUCUCAAGUGGGCAGCCAUGAACGUGUGAUGUCUGGCGCAUAAAACUGGCUGGCCUCGUUUCCGUCUUGGCAGAUUGGUUUGAUGGAGCAAUACGAACUCCCAGACUCCUCCACCUCCCGCCGGGACCAACGCUCCAGAAUGUCCCCCGGCGAGCUUGCGGACAACCCACGAGAAGACAGCAAUCUGCACAAAAGAACACUCUUCAAAUUGGAUUGCUUGCUUCUGCCAUUCCUUGCGCUCCUGUUCCUCUUCAACUCACUCGAUAAAUCGAAUAUUGGCAAUGCCGAAUCCGCGCACUUCACGAGCGAUAUUGGUCUUGCGAAGAAUGACCUCAAUACCGCGGUAGCCCUCUUCUUCGCCUUUUUUGUAGGGCUGCAGCCAGCUGGUGCGGCGUUAGGUCGGAAGUAUGGAAUGGUAUUCUGGGUACCUUCGUGUAUGCUGCUUUGGGGUGUUGCGACAGCUCUUCACGUCUGGGUCCGCUUCCGAUGGCAGCUCUACCUUUUGCGCAUAAUCAUAGGAAUACUGGAAGCCGGCUUCUAUCCAGUCACCGUUUCCUACCUAUCUCUGUUCUACACGCGCUUCGAAUUCGGACGGCGUCUCAGUCUAUUCUACGGCCAGGCUGCAGUUGGCGGAGCACUCGGCGGAUUGAUCAGUUAUUUGGUCUUCUCUCGCUUUCCCCGAAAGACGGUCGAAGAUCAUGGGAAGGAUGGACAUGAUCAUAACGGUUGGCAGUCCUGGCAAGUGCUGUUCUUGCUUGAGGGCUCUCUGACCAUAUUGGUUGCCUUGCUUGGAUAUUUCUGGCUUCCUCACGGGGCUGAUACUGCCUGGUUCCUUACACCAGAAGAGCGGGUUUAUGCUUCCCAGCGGGUUAUUCAAGAUCGCAACGCUCAGGCAGAACCUGCGGUCUCGUACGACGAAGCACACCACGAGCACGAAGAGCGCCACGAGCACCAUUCAGAUUAUGACGAAGAAUCGCGUGGAUUGCUACGUCCAUCAACCCAAACCCGUGGUGCGACAUCCGAUGUAAUCGACGAUCGAGGAUUGUCGCCAAACGACAUAGUAUCUGCAUUUCUUUCCCCGAGGAUAUGGCAUUUACUCAUCUGCAAUGUCCUCUCGUCGAUUCCAGUUUACGCAUUUCAAGUGUUUCUCCCUCUGGUCCUGGCUCCUUUGACAGGUACUCCGAACCCCGCAUUCGUCAACCUCAUGACAGCGCCUCCAUAUGUUUGCGGUGCCAUAACUCUAUACCUAUUUGCAAGCUAUAGUGACCGCCAUAGAAAGCGCUUGAUACCCAUUCUCGCCGGCCUUGCGCUUUUAUUAAUUGGCCUAACACUGGUCGUGGCACUACCCACAUCUAAGGGCUGGGCAAUCCCUCGCUACCUCGCGCUGAACGUGCUUCUCUCCGGUACUUUCAUCGCAUCUCCUCUAACCGUAGCCUGGAUAUCAGGGAACACCCCGUCUCCUGGUAAACGUGCCCUUCUCCUCGGAAUCAAUGGAUGGGGAAAUCUGGCAGGUGUCUUUAGUGCCCUGCUCUUCAAACCGAAGUAUGCAGAAGAUGGAUACAUCAUACCGUUCUGGUGGACCCUUGUCUGCGUUUCGCUCGCCGCAGCCGGGUACGUUUUAUUCUGGCAUAACCUGAGGCUCGAAAACAAGCGGAGAUCCCGCAUAUUAGAAGAUUGGGAGGCCGACGAUGUCGAGCUGGAGAGGGACGAAGGGAGAGGUCCGUUGCCGGCGGGUCGACGUCCAUUGAUUAUGGUUCUGAAUGGAUUGAGGAGGAUCGAGCGCUUGAGGUUUGUUGCUGAAUGGUUGGAGGAAGCCACUCAGAGCGGCCGACAAGGUGACGAGAAACUGACAUUUGUUUAUGGUUUAUGAUUUACUAAGACGCUCCUGAUUUUGCAUGAUGAUGUCGACGAGGUUUCAGGCGCACGGCGGUCAUAUUGUUGGAUACCCUCUGGAUCUUUUGAUCCACCAUAGCAAUUAUUUUGAUUUAACAACCUUCUUGGCCAGACAGAGAUACCAUUUCUCGAUUGUUCUUGUUACCGUUGGACAGUGGAUAACCAAAAUAGGAGGGUAAAACAAAAGCAGCCUUCUGAGAGCCUAUGAUGAAAUCGAGAUCAUGAAG